AUGGCGCUCUUCCGUAACAUGGUCAAUAAGCUCUCGAAUGUGUGCACCAGGGAGGACAUGCAGCAGCUGCAGAACCCUCGCGAUGCCCACGACGAACACUUCGCCUCGCUCGAGAUUCGCAUCGCGCAAAUCGAAGGCGGCACCUCAGUGAAGAUCACCGCCGCAGUGGAAGCGGCCAUCCUCACAAAGCUCGAGGCUCAUGCUCAACUCGUACUCUCCCAACUUCCUGCCACCUACUCCAUCGGCGCCGAGAUCUCCGCCAAGAACAUGCAGAUUAGCUACUCCAUCCGCUUCUCCUCCCCCGAGAUCGCCAGCAACGUUGUUCAGCAUAUGAAAUCCAACGGAGUUGACUGGAUCGACCCCCGCACCAAGGUCGCCAUCACCAUGCGCUGCCGCCUCGGCGCCAGUGCCGAGGCCCGCGCUCGUCGCAAGGCCCUCGGCCGUUUGUGGCAGGCCCUGCUCAAUCACAUGAAGGAGAACAACAUGUGGAAGGAAGGCUACCGUCUUGGAUGCAACGGGCCGCGCGGGAUUCUCUUCAUCCUCUUCGGGCAGGACGACGUCGAGGUGCUCGCCUCGCUCACCGACGUCGGUGAGGACAGCUACACCUUCGACAUGAAGUACGACAGUCUCCAGUCCUUCGGCAUCGAUCGCAUCGCUGCUGCCGACAGGAUUGCAGGCUCCGCGCUCGAAUAG